AUGGAUCUCAAUCGACCUCUUGGAGACAAGAUCAAUAUCAAUACGAACGACUCUCAAUACUAUGUCCACGCAGAAUUAUUGCGCAGAAACCCGAAAUUUUUCGAUAUCUACGAACACAGAAGUGUCAUGACCAUAGAUGUAGGAUCUGAAGUGUUUGAGUCCUUUGUUCAGUGGCUCUAUAAUCGAGAUCUCUUCAAACAUCCAACUGGUGGCGUCCAGUUGAUUCUAGGACUAUGGUUCUUUGCUGCUAAGAUUUCCUGCCUAGAGCUUCAGAACUACGCCAUGGAUUGGAUUCAGGAUUACCAUCAAGAUGAACGGAUGGAGGAUUCGGAUCUAAGAUAUGUUUUCGAGACGAUCAAGAAUGACUAUGAGUAUACUGCUUUAGGGGACUUCUGUGGUGCUAUGCUUCGCAAACGAAACUCUGAGUACCAAUUCACGGCUGUACAUAGAUUUCUUCAAGCAGUUCCAGGCGCUCUUGGUCCAUAUAUUUUCUAUGAAAGUUUGUGCGACGACAUCGACGAGCUGCGCUCCGACCCCACACGCCGAGACAAGAUUCAUCUUUGCCGAUUCCAUAUUCACAACUACAAUGACAAGAUCUGCGGGUCCAAACCAAAUGUUCAGUAG